UGUUUUUAAUAAACUGUUUUCUGUAGCAGAUGCUGGAUUGUCAUCGGUUGUCACCACAGACCGUAUAAAAAUGUCACCGAUAAUCUUGGGGCCACACUCCAGCCCAGGAGAUGGCAGCAACAUACCUAACAGCUGUGGUUACAACCGCACAGAGAAGAAGAAGAAGGUUUUGCCCAACCGCGGUGCCGUAGUCGUCCUCUCUCAAAAGAGUAGCAGUUCACUGAGCUCUGUUCUUGCUGUGUUGGGCAGCUUCGCUAUUGUGGAGGACUUGAGAUCUCAGACUGGAGUCUUCCACUGGACCGGAUAGAGACCAUGGACAAGGGAAGACAUAGCUGUGGUCAAAGAACAACUGAAUUUUAUAAGAAUCCAACCCUGCUGGCAGAGCGGCUGAUCAAGGAGGAGUGCGAGGAGUUUGAGAUUCCGGGAGAGAAGGAGGAGGAAGAGGAGGAGGCCAUGCGCGCACCGUGGGAGGAUCAGCUGGUGAAGGAAGAGUUUGAAAUGGACGCCGUUUCCCUGGUGGUCGUCUCGGGGGCGAGCGAGGCUGACCGGCUGGAGGCGGCGUCCCAGGCCGCGUCUCUCCUGGAGCAAACUGAGGGGCGGGUCAAGGCCGAACCGGAGGGGUGCGAGACCAGUCGCUACGGCGACAUUUCCGGCAUGACUGCACUGAUGGCGGAGGAAGAGGAGGAGCAGGAGGAAGAGCCGAUGUGCCAGACGCUGAAGGAGGAGCCUGACCCUGAAGCGGUCACAUGGGAGACGUCGUCUCUCUCUGACGCCCCGGAGCAGGAGACAGGAAGUGGGGAUGACUCCUUCCUGUUGGGCACAGGGAGCUCUUACGAAGACUGUGGCCUAUCGAUCGGCGAGUUCGACUGCAGCGACGGACACACGCCACCCCGGCUGGGGGGGAGCCGCGGGGACGCGGACGAGUUUUCAGGAACUCUCGAGGAGGGAGAACACGCUCCGGACUUCCGAUACCGGGGCAGUGUGGAGGUGUCAUCGCCGGUGUUCCCCUGCACCCGAUGUCCGGUCUCCUUCACCGUGGAGCUCUACCUGCACAGGCACCUGAAGAGGUCCCACCCAGAGGACUACGUCACUCUGUUCAGGUCGAAGUCGCGUCUGCAGGAGAGCCUGUCGUCUCCUGGCAACGCUACCGUCGCCGAGACGACGACGACGCCGCCGCCGCCCGCUAAAGCCGCUUCCUCGUCCCCUCGGGGACGGCCCGACGCGGCGGCCGCCAAGUGCCACGCCUGCUCCCACUGCGGGAAGAGCUUCGCCCGGAAGAACGACCUGAAGGUGCACCAGCGCAGCCACACGGGGGAGCGGCCGUACCCCUGCGCCCAGUGUGGGCGGAGCUUUGUGUGCUCGGACGUCCUGAAGCGGCACCUCCGCGUCCACACGGGCGAGAGGCCGUACAGCUGCGCCCAGUGCGGGCGGAGCUUCGCCGUCCUGUACAACCUGACGCGCCACCAGCGCACCCACUCGGGCCACAGGCCGUACCCCUGCGCCCAGUGCGGCAAGGCCUUCAUCCGGGCGGAGGACCUGAGGAAGCACCAGCGCACCCACACCGCCGAGAGGCACCGCUGCCCGCAGUGCGCCAAGACCUUCGGCCACGCCGAGACCCUGAGGGCGCACCUGCGGGGCCACACGGGCGCGAAGCCCUACCGCUGCGCCCAGUGCGCCAAGAGCUUCGGCUCCUCGCGCGACCUGAAGAAGCACCAGAUCAUCCACACGGGGGAGCGGCCGUACAGCUGCGCCCAGUGCGCCAAGACCUUCGGCCGGGUCUGGGACCUGACCAUACACCAGCGGUCGCACAGCGGAGAGCGCCCGUACCACUGCUCCCAGUGCGGGCAGAGCUUCAGCCUGAUCGGGAACUUCCGGCGGCACCAGCUGACCCACACGGGGGAGAGGACGUUCGUCUGCGCGCAGUGUGGGCGGAGCUUCGCCCGGGCCGCGCACCUGAAGCACCACCUGCAGACCCACACGCAGGAGAAGGGCUACCAGUGCACGCACUGCGGGAAGAGCUUCAACCACCUGGGCAACUACAAGAGACACCAGAGGAGCCACCCGGGGGAAUGAGGAUGAGUGUGAGAGUGUGUGUGUGUGUGUGAGAGAGAGAGAGAGAGAGUGUGUGUGUGUGUGUGUGUGUGUGUGAGUGUGAGAGUGU